AUGGCCGGCCUCAGUCCCCAAAUCACCAACCUCGUCAUCAUUCUUGGAAUGAUGCAGGUGUCCAAGAAGAUCCCCUUCGAUGACCCCAACGUCCUGAACAUCGUCCGUGCCAUCUACAUUGCCAGCAACCUGAUCAUCGCCGCCAUCUACCUGUACACGCAGCUCCAGAUCAACAAGAAGAAGGACCUGACGACCCUGAAGUAUGUCGAGCCCGCCCCCAUGGGUUCCACCGAGGAGGGCAAGCUGGUUACCACCACCGUCCACGCCUACGACUCCCAGCAGAUUAAGCAGUUGUUCCGCUCGCAGUUGAUGGGUGUAGGCAUGAUGGCCUUCAUGCACUUGUACAUGAAGUACACCAACCCGCUCUGCAUCCAGUCCAUCAUCCCCCUCAAGGGCGCUCUCGAGUCCAACCUUGUCAAGAUCCACCUGUACGGACAGCCGGCCAGUGGCGACCUCAAGCGCCCCUUUAAGCAGGGUGGCGGACUCAUGAGCGGCCUCCAGAGCGGCCCUGCCCAGAGCGACAAGAAGGCCGUUGAGGCUGCCGAGAGGGCCGGCCGUGGCGGUGCCAAGGAGGAGUAA